AUGGAUCAACCUCUACCGACACUCCUUUCCCCCCGGCUCGCCCGCACCAAGCCUACCUCUACUCCACCACAUCACGUCCUUGCAUCAUCAAGCUCCAGCACCAGCUGGACAUCCUAUCUCCCAUCCUUCAACCCUUCCCCUGCAGAGUCGCGACCACGCCGCGAGGGGCUCUUCAGCUCAUUCCGCAAGUCCACCAAACAAGCAGUACCUGCACUAGCCGAUGAGCGAACAGGCUUUCGCAAUCCAUGGCCAUCGUGGCACAAGCCAACGCAGAAAGAGACAUGGGACAAUCUAGAAUGGGGAGAAGAUGUGGAUCCGUGUAUCGAGCUGGUUGCUGGUGCUCUUGAGACACCUCCAACUGCACCUAGCACGGGACCAACGAGGAAAGGUAGUAAGGGCAAGACUGUGCUUCGGAAGAGGCCAAAGGAGCUCAGGAAACCAGGGAAUAAGACGCAGCAAGCUGCCGCACUACUCAAAGUCGUGAAGACGGACUUUACGUUUGAUGCCUCAACGAAGAAUGCGAAAGUGACAUGGUUGGGUCACGCAGGCAUGCUCGUACAAUUGCCGUCACUGUCACAAGAAGGAGGCCGGCCGCUACGAUGUGUCUUCGACCCUAUCUUCUCGCAACGCGCUUCUCCAACACAGAGUGCGGGCCCUACACGACACUAUCCCACACCAUGUCAAGUCGAAGAGCUGCCUAUGAUAGAUGCUUUCUUCCUGUCCCAUUCCCAUUUUGAUCAUCUCGACUACGACACAGUCAUGGCCAUAUGGCGAAACAACAAGGAAACAAUCCGCUUCCUUGUACCGCUAGGCAAUAAGAAGUGGUUCGUGGAGUCUGGGAUCCCAGAUGAGCGAGUACACGAAUUAGAUUGGUGGGAUGCUAUCUAUCUUUCACCGCAACCGGGAGCUACAGAGACACAAUGCUUGAAAGUUGUCUGCACGCCAUCACAGCAUCAGUCAGGUCGCACAGGGCUGGAUACUGACACGACAUUGUGGUCAUCAUGGUUCCUCGAGCAUCCCAUGCCCGGUGAGUCUCCACCGUAUCGUGUCUUCUUCGCUGGGGACACCGGCUACCAGUUCCACGCCUCGCCACAAUGGCCACCAUCACCCCCUACUUCCACGAGCACAACCUCCUCGCCAGCCAAAGAACCAACCUCGGUAAGUAGCGGAAGCAGAAACGACCCCAACUACCCAUCCUAUCCACCCUGCCCAGCAUUUCAAGACAUCGUAAACGCACAUGGUUCGCCAGAUCUGCUCCUCCUUCCCAUCUGGGUAGGUGGCACUUACGACUUUGUCCGCUCGUGGGCUCCUCUCUCGGACGCCCUCAAUCCAAUCCCACGUCAUAAGCUAGGCCUGACCGCGGCGAACCAUAUGCCACCGUGGGACGCUGUCCGUGUUUUGCGGUUGAUGACGGAAGGUAGAGAUAUGGGUGAGGGAGAAGUUGGGGGCAGAAACCCAAUAGCUGUGGCGAUGCAUUGGGGCACUUUUAUCACUGAGCCGGUGGAGCAGUUGCUCAUCAUAAUCCACGCGCAACCUCACGGGCAGGACUCUCAGACCCGUCGAUUUCUCGUUCAGCUGACGGGCUUGCCCUAUGAAUUACAUGGCGGAACCAACGUCUCCCUGGAUAGCGCUCUCGUCUGGAUGAUCUCGCGCUUCAGGAAGGUUGGUCACGAUACCCUCAUUAGGUCGACUGUGCAUGAUUAUACGGUCCUCAAGUGCCAGAGUAACUUCAGGGGCAAUCACGACUCCGAGGCUGGUAUUAAUCAGCUGCUGGAGCAGUACUACGAGGAAGAACGUCUACUACCUCCACAUUCCUGUAUAGCGAGAGUGGAAUCGCCGUGGGAUAUGUCGCAUCCACAGCUAGAACGAUAUGCAAACCAGACACAAUGGAAGACCAUAGGCCGCAUGGCUGAUGUCUGUGUCGUCAGAGGCGUCGAGGCGCCAUCGUCUGCCACGAUGGACCAGCUGCCGCUGGAUGUGAAUGCGACACAAGCCAAGAUCUUCAUGAAGGUCGUGAAGCAAGUUGCGAAAGAGGCUGAAGUGAUUGCAAACAUUACUCACCGAUACAUUCGAACUAUCCUUCUAGAGAGGAGUCAUUGGAUCAUUGUGGCACUGGCGUGA